CACAGGAAAAAAAACCACGUAAAACUAUAGCAGAUGCAAUUAUUAUGAGCCAAAACCAUUAACAAACCGUUUACGCUUGUGAUAGAUAACAAAAAACACAACGGGAAGCACAUUUUCAAAAAGAUCUAAACUAAAAACUCGCGCGCAGUGAAAUUGGUUAUUGAAUUUUCCAGUUGCACGUCGUCAGUUUGCGUCGGCGUUUUUUUUUCAAUUCGAUUAGAAUAAUUAUAGGAAAAAAUAAACAGGCAAAAGCAACUGGACUAAAAACGAAAGAAACGCUGCAAAUAUGAGUGAUUUUCAGACGCAACAGGCGAGUUUGGUUCAUUCUCAGGCAUUGGCAGCUGCCAUUCAACGAGCCAAGCAGAUUGCCGCAAAAAUACAACCAAAUCCUCAACAACAGGCAGGUGGUGACUCCAGUGGUCCAUCAGCAGGGGUAGGCGGAGGCGGUGGUAACAGUUUUAAGCGGCAUAAUGAUGACGGCGACAGCGGACCCGACUGUAAGCGCUCCUUUGGCAGUCCCGACUACGGCCAAAACAACUCUAACAUGAGCAGCGGUAGCGGGGGAGGAGGCGGUGGCGGAGGCAGUGGCGCAAAUAUGACUCAAGCCAUUGCACAAGCAGCGGCAGUUGCGGCACGUUUGGCUGCCUGGCCAGCAUCCACAUGCGAGGAACAGGUGCGCAUCCCGGAGAGCAUUGUUAGCUCAUUUGUGGGACGCAGCGGCAGCGAUACACUCAGCCAUCUGGAGGCGGAGUCAGGUGCUAAGCUGGAGCUGAUGCAGGAUCAGGAGCGUGUGAUAACACUGCGUGGCACCCGCGAGAGCUGCACCAAGGGCCGUGAGAUGCUGGAGCAGAUGGUUGGCCGGAAUGGUGCCGGCGGCAAUGGCAAUGGCAGCUGCGAGGUGCUGUUAACCAUUAAUAUGCCGCCGCCGGGUCCUGGUGGCUAUCCGCCGUACCAGGAGAUCAUGAUACCGGGUGCCAAGGUGGGUCUGGUCAUUGGCAAGGGUGGCGACACAAUCAAGCAGUUGCAGGAGAAGACGGGUGCUCGCAUGAUCAUCAUCCAGGAUGGACCCAAUCAGGAGGUCAUCAAACCGCUGCGCAUUUCCGGCGUACCGCAAAAGGUGGAGCACGCUAAGCAAAUGGUCCUGGAUCUGAUUGCCCAAAAGGACGCAUUAUCCCAGCAGCAGCAGGGCGGCGGACGCUCUGGCGGCGGUUCUGGCGGUGGUGGUGGUGGUGGCGGUGGCUCCGAACCGAACUUCAACAACUUCAACAAUGGCAGCGGCGGCGAAAGCGUCGAGGUCUUCGUACCCAAAAUUGCUGUGGGCGUCGUCAUUGGCAAAGGUGGCGACAUGAUACGUAAAAUUCAAACCGAAUGUGGUUGCAAGCUGCAGUUCAUCCAGGGCAAGAACGAUGAGAUGGGCGAUCGCCGCUGCGUCAUCCAAGGCACACGCCAGCAGGUGGAGGAUGCCAAGCGCACCAUCGACGGCCUCAUCGAGAAUGUAAUGCAACGCAAUGGAAUGAAUCGCAAUGGCAACGGUGGCGGCAACGGCGGUGGCGGUCAAGGUGGCGGCGAUUCCAACAACUCCAAUUAUGGCUACGGCUAUGGCGUGAAUCAUGCACAGGGCGGUCGCGAGGAGAUCACCUUCCUGGUGCCUGCCUCCAAGUGUGGCAUUGUCAUUGGACGCGGCGGGGAGACGAUUAAGCUGAUCAACCAGCAGUCGGGAGCGCAUACAGAAAUGGAUCGCAAUGCCAGCAAUCCGCCAAAUGAGAAGCUCUUCAAAUCCAAGGGCUCCACCGAUCAGGUGGAAGCGGCACGUCAAAUGAUUUCCGAAAAGAUCAACAUGGAACUGACGGUAAUCUCAAGAAAGCCCAUCAGUGGUGGCGGCGGCGGCGGAGGUGGCGGCGGUGGUGGUGGUGGCGGCAACAAUGCCCACCACAAUCAGCAGCCGGGUGGCUACGGUGGCAACCAAAUGCAAGGCGGCGAUCCCAAUGCAGCCGCUGCUGCCGCCUAUCAGCAACAACAGCAGCAGCCCUGGGGCGCCUAUGGACAACAGGGUGGCUGGGAUCCAGCCGCUGCCCAGCAACAACAGAUGGCCAUGGCGGCGGGUCAAGGUCAGGCAGGUGCAGCUGCCGGCGCUGGCAGUCAAGAUUACUCAGCUCAAUGGAUCGAAUACUACAAACAAAUUGGUUGCCAUCGCGAGGCAGAUAUGAUUGAGCAGCAGAUGAAGGCUAAGCAGGCGGCUGGCGGUGCAGGACCCAGCCAACAGGCACCACAGCAACAGCAGCAACCACAGCAGCAGCAACAACAACAGCAAAGCGGCGCCAAUAGUGCUGACUACAGUGCGCAGUGGGCGGAAUACUAUCGCAGUGUGGGCAAAGUCGAGGAAGCAGAAGCCAUUGAAAAGACACUUAAGACAAAGCAAAACGGAGCUGGCGCUGGCGGUGGCAGCAACGUGCCCAAUCCAAAUCAAGGUGGCCCCAAUCCGAACCAGCAGCAGCCCAAUGCAGCGGCUGCGGCAGCUGCAGCAGCGGCCGCCGCUGCAGCAGCCGGUGGCUAUGCCCAAGGUAUGACUCCUAGCCAAUAUGCACAAUAUUCACAGUAUUAUGCUGCAGCGGCUGCUGCGGGUCAUCCGCCACAAGGGGCGCCCCAGCCACAAGGCGGCGCAGCUGGCAGCGGUGGUGGUGGACAGGGCGGUGGUCCCCCAGCUGGAUAUCCCGGUGGCUAUCCGGGCGGAGGCUAUGGCGGCUAUCCCAGCGGGCCAGCUGGCGGACCCGGUCAACAGCCAUCGCAGAAAUCACACAAGAACGAUAAACAUUAAGAGGGACUGUUUGUGAUGCGGGUGCCUUGAAAAUGUGAAAUCAUAUGAAUUGUUCUACUAUCCCAUGUCUUUUAUCCCCAAUAAAUUAGCAAAUAAACACAUUGAGAAGCGCGUAAAGAUGAGCGAGAAGAGCAAUAACAAUAACAUCGAGCAGAGUCAGCAGAGUCAAGACAACCAUCAAUCAAACAAUCAAACAGUCAAUCAAUCAAUUUUGCACACUUGCAGCUUGAUGCAUCGCGCUUUGCAUAAAUGUAAAUUUAUUAUACAUA